UAUACAUCCGAGGUUGCUUUCGAAAAAAAUGGCCGAGGAGCUCCGAAUGAUUCUCAAUAAUCGCCUCACGACGUCCCGCUAUAGGAUUGACUAUUUACACUGCGAGUGGAAUAAAGUGAACGCCAACAUGCUAUAGGAUUUAAUGAUGCUGAAUGAAACUUAGGUAUCCGUAGAUGUGACAUUAUAAAUUACGGGGUUCAGUAGGAUUUAGACGGGAAACGUGAUUUUUCUUAGUUCUUCGAUUCCCAUUGAGCACUGACAUUCUUUUAACGGGAAUAUGGAGUUUGUAAAAGGAAGCGUCCGGGACGCCGCUGGAAAUGGAUUCGACACCGUGACAUUUGGGGAUCUUGUACUUCCUGCUAGGUUCGGGGAACAGAGCUACGAGAAACAACUGGAAUCCAUCAAAAACUUUCAAUAUCAGGACCAUGAUAUUUUCAUAUGCAGUUUCAUAAAAACAGGUUCCCACUGGAUGAACAAUCUAGUCCACUUUCUCAUCAACCCCGGACCCGUGGAGCAGAUGUUGACCGUCAGUCCAAAGUUAAUCGACUUCUUCCCGAUCGAGAAAGUCGCUGAACAAACUCCACCGAGAGUUAUCCUGACGCACUUUACACCAGACAAACUCCCGAGCGAACAUUUGGAGCAAAAAGGGAAGAUGAUUCUGGUGACAAGAAACCCUCGGGAUGUUUUGGUCUCUCACAGACACCAUGCUCUGAAGCACGAGUUCUUUGACUUCGCCGACAUUGAGUGGGACACUUUCUUUGACAACUGGGUUGCAGGCAAAGUUCCUCCUGGAUCAUAUUUCAAUUUUUAUAAAAAAUGGAAACAGUACUUGAAGGAAAACAACCCGAACAUCAUUCUUGUGCAUUAUGAAAAUCUGAAAAAGAACGGUGUAGCAGAGCUGAAACGAAUAAGCGAGUUCCUAAACGUCGAAAACACGGACGAGCGACUGGGUCAGAUUUUGGACCGUUGCUCGAUUGAGCGUUCAAAGUCUGACAUUGAGAGCGGACAGGUUAAAACUCAACUGGUGGACAAGGAUGGGAAGCCAUUUAUUUACAGAAAAGGAAUUGUUGGAGACUGGAAAAAUCACUUUACGGUUGCACAAAGUGAGAUUUUCGAUACUCUUGAAGAGAAAUUCAAGGACGAUAUAUUCACAGUCUAGGACAAAAAAAAUGCUAAGAGAGCGAACGUGACAUGGAAUAGUAGAAUGUGAUCAUGUUCUGGACAAAUUUAGGAAACACGUGAUAGUAUUAGUUGCGACUUAACGCAAAGAAUUUAUUAUCAGGAAAUAGUGUAACCACGAAGGCAUACUCAUAUUAGAAAUAAAUUAGAUACCUCAGCACAAUACUCACGAACAUCCCCAUUUUCAUGCUGCAUGACCUACAUAGGAUUUUUUUAAAGCACUCGCAGAAACGUUGAAAUCUAUUUCUCUUUUUGAAGGUUUAGCAUAGUGAAUUACUAUUAAAAAAAUAUAAAUAGUUAUAAACUUGUUGCAAGCUAAAAUGCUAUCAACCUAUAAUUUUUAAGAUAUUUGAGGAAAAGAAACCUACUUUUCAGAAAUAUAUACGGCGUUUAGCGUCAAUUUUGGAAUGUCCAUGACAUUUUACAUUUAUAUAAAAAAGAACCUGAAAGUACCCUUUGGUAAUUUAAAAAAGUUUUUGUUAGUAGUGUUUUAAUACAAGUCAGCAUUAAUAUUAUCUAUUCUUUUCAUUUUUCAUUUGGACUAAUUGUUUUGGUGAUUGGGAAAAAUAUAGAGCAAUUUGCAUUAAAAAUUGGUCCGAUAAACAUACCCUUCAAAAGGAUCGAAAAAACACAUGCAUGUUGUUAGAUUUCACUAUGCCUCACAACAUAUUCUCAUAUAGACAGAGAUGGAAUAAAAACCGAAUUGAA